AUGCGCCACAUGCACUCGUCUGGUCGCCGUGGCGACUCCCCUUCUUCGGCGGCGCCGUUCUCGGCCGGUGGCGUUUCUGCCCACGGUCGACGAGGCUCUCAUCCCGUGAGGCGAAGCGGCCCUGGGAGUGCCUCGGCCACCUACGUGAGAACGGCAGAAGAGGAGGUGAGCACAACCUGGAGCGGGUCGGCGGGGCGUAGGGGUGGCGACCGCCGUAAAUGGGACCGUCGGAGCGGAAUCGACACAUCCGCGCCGGGCCAGCCAAGCGGGCCUGCGUCGUGCGCCCCAGGCACGCCGCCGCAGCGAGCUCCACCGCCCUCCACUACUUACACGAACACCGGUGUGCCGAACUCUGCUGCGCUGCGCCGCCUUGUCAAAUCGCACCACACGUUUCGCAAGAACUACGAGGCACUACGGAAAAGUGACAAGGUCGCGGUCGCGUUCGAGCUUUGGUGCGCCGAGGCAGUGGCACACAGUCGUCUGGCGGAGCAUCUGGCCUCAGCGUUGGGUGGCGAUAGCCAAGCGGUGACAACGGUCCGCCUCCACCUCACAGGUGCCUCUGCCAAGGCUGCGGCUGCGGGACCAGGGGGAGCAGCGGUCGCCUCCGCCAAGAUGUCGACAGCGGAGACGCUGGCCGUGCUGGAGGUCCCGCUUUCGGUGGUGGAUUGGCUCAACGAACCCAUCGUCGUGCCGGAGCUGAGUGCGGAGACACUCAUGGAGUUUGUGCACCAGGUACUGUCCCCUUCGCACGCGGACAAGGCGCCAGUGAAUAGCUGUGAUGGCGCUGGUGCUGGAGAGCUAUUUGCCGCGUCGACUGGUGACUCGCCGCCUACACCGUGUCGGUAUGGUCGUCUGGAGGCGAUAGAGGUGUGGUACGACGCGUGGGGGCGCCAGCAGCACUAUUGCGAAGCGGCGGCAGGCCUGCCGAGCAGUGGUACUGAGCCGGCGGCGCCAUCGUUGAAGGCGUCCAUGGCGCUGUGGAACCGUAGGCAGCGUGCAGUGCAAGGUGUGCUGCUCUCUCACCUGACUGAAGGAGGUCGACCUUUCGCACUCGAUGCGCUGCCUGUCCGCUCAGCUGCUUGUGACAGCGUCGACACUCGCGACGCAACUCCCGUCGAAUGUGGCCCUGUGGCAGCUGCCAGCAUCAGCGGCACACCGGCCCAGCCUGACGGCCACGUAGCAACGCGACCAGACCAAUUCGUUGAUGGGGCGACGCGGGAGCUGCUACCCUAUCUUAUCGAGUUUCUUCAGACGCUGAGCUCGUUCAAGGCUGCACGCGAGGAGGCGAAGAUGCACGCGGAGUACCGUGCACUACUGGAAAACGCGGUGGCGGUGCAGUCAGGGUCAGUUAAAGCAGAUGCCGCCGCCGCCGCUCAGGGCACGUACACGCAUCUGUGUCUUGUUGCGCGCCGCUUUCGCGUGUCACCGCCGGUGGCGCUGCACCCGCCACCCGCAGCGUCUGAUAUCCCAGAUAAGCCCCUUAGCGGCGACGGCGGUGUGGAUGAGGAGCUGCGCACCGCGGCCCAGCAGUACCUUCGGUCGAUUUCGAAGGUGGACACGGUGGCGUCUCAUGCCAGCCAGUCGUCGUCAACGCUUGAGGGCUCGGCGGGUGACGCGGGCGCACACGAGACCACCGGAGCACAAUCGUCGUCGUUGGCGUUGGGUGAGCGAGCGGAUGCGGCGCCAUCCUACAGCAUUGCCGUGCUGGACAUUUGCAUCGGUGUGGUGCUGCGUUGCCUUCUCUUGUACCUUCCAGCGCUCUCUGCAAACGACCGGGACCAUGUGCUGCAGCAGCUCAGCGCCCCUUGGCUGACACUCGAACCGGAGGGGAGCGGUCGAGUCGCGUGCUGGUCAGCGUUUUUCGGUGUUGCCGAUUUUCUCUCCAAAUCCUGCGCACCAAAGCGCUGCGAGCGCAUCAGCCCGUUGCCAUCCGCCAUGGGAGGACUCAGCCAUGGAGACCGUUCGACCUCCUCUGCUUCGUUCAGCGUUGACCACUCCACCCUUUCGACACUGCAAGGCGUGGUGCAGCAGCUGCGCUCCUUGUGUUGGCCCACGGUGCUGGAUCGUCACUCGUGUAUCGUGCAACACGCCCUCUGCCUCUUGCCAACGGCAUCUGACGCAUCUCCGUCACCUUCCCCAUCGGCGGCAUCGGUGUCAGAUCAGCGGCAGCAGCAGCGGCGUCCGCCCACCGAGACUCUGCCUGGUGGCACUGCACGAGGCACGGCCUCAUCAUCAACAGUCGCUGCAGCUCCGCCGCACUCCGCGCGGCCUCGUGCCCCUGCGUGGAGCGACGUCAUCGCGGUCGUGCGAGGCAGCGAGAGCAGACAACGACUGGGCUAUGAGCUACUCUUUCUCUUCUUGGGGACUUUGCAGUGUGGGAAGGAGAGUGCCUUUCCAGCUCCCGUCAAGGCAUCUGCGGCUGCUGACGCUUCUGUUGCGAAGCCUGUUUUGCCGCAUCACCGGGCCGCUGAUAGGCGCCGACUCAACACCGUCUGCAUCUACGCGCUUGACGUCGACCGCUUCAUUGCGGAGCGGAUGAGUGCCUCGUGGCCGGCAGGUGAUGUGUGGCCGCUGCUGCGAGCUCAGCCUUUCUCUUCGCCUGGAGAUGCGACGUCACCGCCUGGCUCACGCUCUGCACUUGUGGGACUACUUGCGGAGCAGACGGCGCACCCGUACGGCCUUUCUCGCGUGGCGCUGUACACUUUCAGCGACUCCCUCUUGGAGAGCUGUGCGGCCUUGUCGCUCCAACGCGCGCAGAUCCUCAUGGUCGCCCUGCAGCGGGCUGUGGCAGCUCCUGCUGCACUGACGUUGCGCUCGCUGCUCCCCACCCUACAUCCGGGCACCCGCGCCGGCUGGGAGCUCAGCGGUACCCGCUCCUCUGCCACGCCGUCACAUGCGAUGCAGCUGGCUGCGCGCCGUGCCGAGUGGCGAGCAGUGGCGCCGGUGAUGUCCCUGUACACCACACGCGCGUGCCCGUCUUUGUGGAGCACCAUGUGGGCCUACAUCUCGUCGAAAAUGAAGUCUCUGCCGCAGCAGGUGGAGGAGGUGAUGAGGACGGCGCACGCAAGCGCAGGCAGUGAGCAAGGCGGCGAUGUCGCGGCGUAUGGAGAGCGGCGCUGGCCGAAUGAAGAAGUGGAUGCAUGCUACACGCAACUGGAGGAGCUGGCGACCAUGUGCGCGUGGCUCGUUGCCAUGGUGCCGUCCGUCUGUGGCAAGUGGGUCGCUGGCGCUGGCGCUGCUACGCCAGAACCUGCACAGGCGUCUGCACAAGAGCACACCGAGCGUGUGAAGGCCGGGUUCGAGCGCUGUGUCAAAGGCCUUCUCGCUGUGUGGACGCAGACUGGCGCGAGCGUGGAUGCGGCUGAGCAGCUGCUGGGCUUGUUUCCCAGGUACCCCAGUGCCACGCCGACGCCCGUGGACGGCACCCCUGUGAGGGUGGCCGACAACGGCGCCGUCGACGCCACCGCGCCGGGCGCAAGGGCACCGCUGUCGGCACCGGAGGAGACAGGAACAGGUGAGGCGGUGGCACUACUCGUGGGACUAGCAGGGGCGGCGCAGACGCAUGUGUGGACCCGCGCGCUGCACGGCGCUGUCGAAUUAUGGAUCAAGAAGACCCGCUACAUCCAAGCACAGUCGCGAGGAAUCAUGGAGGCGGUUCAUCUGAUGCCACCAGCGGCGGCAUCUACCUCUGCGCCAGCCGCGAUGCCGUCUGCAGCGCCAGGUCGCGCUGCAGACGAUCGUUCCCGCACAGGUGAGACGGUGACCAACGGCGGCACCGACGCAUCUGUGCCGACGGCGCCGCCCGACAUGGAUUCGGCGCUGCUUGCCUGGUGGCGCUCGACGGAGGAGGAGGACAUCGGUCUACCAUCGGCGCGGGUCUACCUUGCACAGGUGUACGCGGAGCUUCUGCGGAUUGUUUCUGCUCGCGCUGCUCUCGCACCGUCGACCCCUCCACUAGAAAGGGCACACGUGGGGCACCCGCUCGAUUUUGAGCGAGAUUCAGUGUUGAGGGGCGCAAGCGAUCGUACCGGCGCAGUGACGAGCGACGGCGAGCUGAUGCCCCGUUGGAGGGGCGACACACCAGUUAACGGCGCAGCGGUAACGGCCAUUUUCUCCGCUGCGGAGGUGGCCGUCAUUGUGCGAGUGCUAAGUAGCAUUGCGGCACGCGGCGCCGCGACGGUGACCUUGGGGCGCCUCACGGAGCGUACGUCUGGGCGCGGUAUGCUCGGCAAGACGUCGUCUGCUGACCCCGCAGAGACCGCAGUGGGCGUAGAGUCCACCUCUGGCAACGGUGGCUUCAUCAUGGACUCGCUACGUCGCGCCGCCGUGUACGCCACCGCGGCGGACAAAGGGCUACCAUCGACCAUAACGCCAGAUUCGACGGCGCCAAAGGACGCAGGCGCUCGCGGGCAUUCGGCCGCAACCGACGGCGACGAAAGCGGAAACCCUACCAGAAUUGGUGUUGUGGAGGAGGCCACAGAGCAUGAUCGAGGCAAUGCUGCUGCCCUCUCUGCCCAGAAGGCGGUCCAGCGCAUUGAGGAGGCGCUGCUGAGCAGCUUGACAGCACACAGCGGGGCGUUGCCGGCAGUAACAAUGGUGGAGGCGACGUGGCUUCGGCUGCUUCCCCUGUCGACGCUGCAGAAACUCCUUGAUCAUCGAGAGUCGUCUGCCACCAUCUCAGCUAAACCAGCGGCCCCGUCGCGGGGUCUGUCAUCCAGUGCACCGCCGUGCAAGGUUGCGAAUAGCGAGUCAUCGAGCGCGCAGUCAACAGCGCGCGCCGACCUCGCCGCUACAGCAGCAACACCGACGCCUCCGCCUUUUGCCUCUGCUGCCGUUGUCGCAUCCAACUCUGCUCCACGCCUCGACGGGUCACUGCGGGAGUCUCCGUCGCCGUGGCUGCGCAAGUUGCAUGACGCGGUCCUCACGAGCCGCCACUCGCGCCACGUCGGCAUCUGCCUUGUUUCUUCGCUGUACUCCGUCCUGGCAGCAUCGCAGAAGGGCGCCGACUCUGCACAGCCUCUCUCAGCGGCGACUAAUUGUGACGGCAGCCGUGGCGCGGUCAGCGCUGCCUCUGUGUCUUGCGACGUAACUUCAGAGGCCGCUUCGUCUUUCGUUGAGCGCUGCGAUGCGGCCAGGGACGGGCCGUCGCUCGCCACGUCGCGGCUCCGCUGUUUUUUGGCACGACUGCGCACGAGCUGCGCCGAGGCCGUCGUGCUUUUCCAUCGUGCGAGAAGGCAGCACACUGAUCUCGCCGCCGCAUCCGGCGAGGGUGACGCCAGUAGCGGUGGUGGUGCAGGCGUGGAUGAUGCAAACCUAUCCCGCGUAGGCUUGUCAGGAUCACCAUGGGCAGCUGUUGCAGAGGUUGACGGUGAUAGUAACGGUGAGGCCGAGGUGGGGACAUCGCAUACGACCGCGCCGCACCAGCAGCAUGGGCAACGCUUCUGCAACGUGCUGGUGGUGACGAACGAGCUUCACGAGCGCCUUAUAGCCUACGAAGAAAUGCUCACUUGCGCAGCAGCGAGGUUCAGUGGGGCAGAGCAGGGUGCUGGCCAGGGUACGUUGCGUACUUGCCGCGACGGCAGGACUGAGAGAAUGCGCCAUCUGCUCCGACUCUUGUACGCAUCGCUGCUCGAUGUGGUGGCCGAUUUUGUGCCGUACGGCGAGCACGGGAAUGCUGUGGAGGUAAUGCAGAUGCUAGGCGUCAUCACUCGUCGCAUGCCGUGGCAGCAGUGCGCGCAAGAGUCGCUGGCGCAGGCGCUGCCUGCCGAGAAGGACGGACAGUUUGGCGACCAUUUCAGCGACGAAACAGGGGCUGAGGCAGUGCCGCUGGCGAAGUGCGGAGGCGGCGUGGCGGAGGCCGGUGCUGCUGCACGGCUGAGCGCGCCCCGCGACGGUGACGAGGAAGGCGUCUCGAUCGAUCCCCUCCUUGUGUGCUUUCGGGAGCAGGUGACGCGGCUGAUGCCGUACGUGGAUGCUGAAGUGCUUCGCUGCACAAGAGCUCGGUCGCCCCAGCUGCUGAGCCUGGUGCUGAUCAGCAGCGCCAAAUCGUCUGUCGAGUACGUCUUGCGCAGCGCUCCAUUCAGCUCCAGAGGGUCCAUGCAGCGUCGGGAGGGGCCCUGCACCACCACCGCGGAGGCGACGUGUUCCAGGAGCGCCGUUGCUCUGUCACCCGUCUCCCGUUCUGCAGCGAAGAUGAGCGCGUCUGAGGGUGCCAGCCACGGUACCACUGCCCGAACAGAGCCAGGCCGUCUGGGACUCUCUACACCGCCCCUCUGGUCUCAAGCCCCACUCGAGUCUCUGCUACACCGUAUAGCCAUGGACCGGUUGAUGGCAUCACGACACGCGCUGUACUUGUGCACUCUGACCGUCAAUGCACCGGAGUUUUCGACUACGCUUCUGCCUCUCACGCACUACCUGCGCGACGCGCGCGCGAGGAUUUCGUGGGCAAUGUUGGAGGUGGUAUUCAAGGCUGUUGCCAUGUCUGCUGUGAACAUCCAGCGCCGCCAUCAAGCAGAGAUGUUGCUGCGCAGUGAUCACUUUCUGUCCUUGUCGUCGUCACCGUCGCCCGGGUCAGAUCAGGCGCCAGGCAGCACCGCUUCUUCUCCCGCAGAUCGUGCAAGCUCCGCCUCCGCGGUGGAGCUACCCCGACGAGGUGGGGGCGGCGACGAUGCGCCGCAGCGCGGCGGAAUCGCGCUGCCGCGGUCGUCGACCGAUUGCGCGUCGCUGCGCGUGGGGGAGAUGAGAUACCCACGCAACAACGGCAGUGCGGCUUCGGCGCCUCUCUUCCGCACAGCUGCCGUAGCGUCUGCCGUGUGUAAUGCACCGUUGCAGCUGCGGCACGCCUGGGGCGACCUCGCGCGCCGCCUCCUUCACGAAGAGGAUGAUGUAGCCGUGUCCGACGUCUCACUCUGGGUGUUGGCGCUGUACUGCGGCGCUAUGGUGAACUGCGCAGGGACUCAGGUGUUUGAACAGCUGCUGGCGUGUCUCGUCUUCGGCACCACCACCCCCGCAGCUUCGCCGGCAACCACCGCAACGCGGAUCGCCACGCUGGACGUUGUGGGUUGGACGCUGGUGCUGGAGGCGUGCGGCACGGCGUUGGACCACCACUACCGACAGGCGUAUCAGAGUCUUCUGAGGGACGAGUUCGUCGCCUUCCUGGAGCGCGCCGCGGCCUCUGCGCACAGUGAUGGAGACGUCUCAGCAUCUUCUGCUUCAUCUGCCUCGGAUCCGACACGGCCGACUGCUGCGGCAGCAGGAUCGGGGCGGGCGGUACUCGACGACGCGCUUCCCCUCACAGGAGCCUGGUGCUGCGGUUUGUUGGAGGCCGUUCCACAGCUGUUUGUCGAGGACGCCGCAUUUUGGCGUCGCGUGAAGAACUGUGUGGAGUCGUGGUGUGCCGCGAUUGCUCUCGACCCUGCUGAGGUUGCCAGUGAGUCGCCAUCUGCGCAGAGGAGGUCCACGUCGGCGGUGCGGCUGUCGUGGGUGACGCAGCUACAGCAGAGCUUCAACUGGGCAGCGCAGUGCGCCGGUCACGCGUCUCUUGUGUUCAGCGAUAAUAGAAGGACGACGGAGACGGCAAACACGGAUGCGCACGCAGUGGCGCAGUGGAUGCGCACGCAACUGGAAGCUCUCGGGGGCGAGCGCAGCCUCAGCGGCGAACGCACCGGAGGCGCUGCCGAACGUCUCCCCGCCGCGUGGGAGGCGAACCGCGUCUCUCCGCGGGUAGCAAGCCCAUGA